AUGAUUUCUCUACUCGGGUGCCUGCUUAUUAGUUUAGGUGUGUUCCGACGCCCGUCCCAAGGUAAAGGCGGUUCAUCUGAGUCAUUUCUAGACACAGGCUUAACAGACUUUCCCGUUCCCUCCACCGGAUUGCCCACACCCACGCCAAACAAGGAAACUUUCCCGAGAAUUGGGGGGUGGAGGGACGCAUUACGUAGCUCAUCCUCUCAACUUACUAGAGCUUUCGUUUAUAUAUAA